CACGCAUGCGCACAGUUUGGCAAGUGGGUGGGCGCGCGAGUCCUUCAGCAGCGACAACAACAGCCGCCGCCGCUGAGGAGGAGGAAGAAGAGGAGGAGGAGGAGGAGUGGGUGCCUCCUUCAAUCACUGAGAGGGAAGAAAAGGGAGGCCGAGGAGGUGGGGGAAGAGGAGAAGGAAGAAGAAGAAGAGGAGGAGGAGGAGGUCCCUUGAGGCGCUUGGAUUAAGAAAGGACCCGAGGAGGAGGAGGAGGAGGAGGAGGAGGAGGCGAAGUCCUUCGCGGGUCUCGCCGGGGUGAGGGUGCGCGCGCGCGCGUGGAGGCACCUGCCCAGGCGAAGGAGAGCCUCCCUCUCUCGCGCGCGCUCCGCCUCGCGCCUCCGUCCCGUUGCCCUCCUUCCCCUUCUUGCCCUUCCUUUUGGUCCGAGAGGCACCUGCCCGCCUGGCGGGGAGGAGAGGAGGCCGGGAAGACGUCGCCACCGCCGCAGCCGCGGUGCCCGGGGGGCUGCACGGAGCAGCAGCAGCGGGAGCAGCGGGAGAGGGAACAGCAGCAGCAGCAGCAGCAGCAGCAUCGGGCCCGGGCUCAUCACCACCCCGACAAGCCUCCGCCGCCGCCGCCUUCGCUGCUCGCCCAUGAACACCGCGGUGUCGUCGCGGGAGGCCCGCUCUGGCCCGGGGGAGCCGGGUGCCGGAGCAGCGGAGGAGGAGGAGGAGGCGGAGCAGGAGGGACCCCCACCGCCCUCGCCCCCGCCAGCGGCAUGUGGACCCCCACCGAGGAGGAGAAGUACGGCGUGGUUAUAUGCAGCUUCCGAGGUCCUGUGCAACAAGGCUUGGUUCUAGAACUAGGAGAAACUGUCCAGAUCCAGGAAAAAUGUGAGGGAUGGUACAGAGGACUCUCAUUAAAAAAGCCCAACAUAAAAGGGAUUUUUCCUGUUAACUAUAUUCACUUGAAAAAGGCAGUUGUCAGCAAUAGGGGGCAAUAUGAAACAGUUGUUCCACUUGAAGACUCUGUUAUCACUGAAGUAACAGCAACUCUUCAGGAAUGGUCUGUCCUCUGGAAGCAGUUAUAUGUGAAACAUAAGAUAGAUCUCUUCUAUAAACUUCGCCAUGUCAUGAAUGAACUGAUCGAUCUUCGCAGACAGCUGCUUUCUGGGCAUUUGACUCAGGACCAAGUACGAGAGGUCAAGAGACACCUCACUGUGCGAUUGGAUUGGGGCAAUGAACAUUUGGGCUUGGAUCUUGUUCCACGGAAGGAUUUUGAGGUGAUUGAUUCAGAUCAGAUCAGUGUCUCCGAUCUAUAUAAAAUGCAUUUAUCUAGUAGGCAUAGUGUACAACAGAGCACAUCACAGGUCGAUACAAUCCGCCCACGCCAUGGAGAAGCAUGCCGUCUGCCAGUACCUCACCACUUCUUUCUCAGUCUAAAGAGCUUUACUUAUAAUACAAUAGGGGAGGAUGCAGAUGUGUUCUUUUUUCUUUAUGAUGUUCGAGAAGGCAAGCAAAUCAGUGAAAGGUUUCUGGUAAGGUUAAACAAAAAUGGGGGACCCAAGAAUCCAGAGAAGAUUGAUCGAAUGUGUGCACUUUUUACAGAUCUCAGCAGCAAGGAUAUGAAAAAAGAUUUAUACAUUGUUGCUCAUGUAAUCCGGCUAGGUCGUAUGUUGCUUAAUGACUCAAGAAAGGGUCCAUCUCAUCUGCAUUAUCGGCGUCCAUAUGGUUGUGCAGUAUUGAGUGUCAUGGAUGUAAUUCCAUCAAUUUCUGAACUCAAGGAAGAAAAAGAUUUUGUUCUUAAAGUUUACACGUGCAAUAAUGAAAACGAAUGGUUCCAGAUCCAUGAAAACAUCAUUCGCAAGUCCAGCACCAAAUAUACAGCCCCAAGCUCAAAUUAUGGACUCAUAAUUUCUCUUCAGCUUCUUCAUGGUGAGAUGGAGCAAAUUCGAAGAGAGUAUCCCAUGAUAUUUAACAGAGGGAUAGCUGUUACAAGAAAAAUUGGUUUUCCAGAUGUCAUCAUGCCUGGCGAUAUACGCAAUGACCUGUACCUGACUUUAGAGAAAGGGGACUUUGAAAGAGGUGGGAAAAGUGUCCAGAAGAACAUUGAAGUGACUAUGUAUGUUCUUUAUGCAGAUGGAGAGAUUCUGAAGGAAUGCAUCAGCCUGGGCUCAGGGGAGUCCAGCAGGAGUGUAUAUCAUUCCUUCGUCCUCUAUCACAGUAACAGCCCUCGCUGGGGAGAAGUCAUCAAACUUCCCAUUCCCAUCGACAGGUUCCGUGGCUCUCACCUCCGCUUUGAAUUCAGGCAUUGCUCCACAAAAGAUAAAGGAGAAAAGAAGCUGUUUGGGUUUGCAUUUACACCAUUAAUGAGGGAUGAUGGCACAACCCUAUCUGAUGAUAUCCAUGAACUUUAUGUUUAUAAGUGUGAUGAAAACAGCACAUUCAAUAACCAUGCACUAUAUCUGGGUCUUCCAUGCUGCAAAGAGGAUUAUAAUGGUUGUCCCAACAUCCCUUCAAGUCUGAUUUUCCAGCGCAGUACCAAAGAAUCUUUUUCAAUCUCUACCCAGCUCUCUUCUACCAAACUUACCCAAAAUGUGGACUUACUUGCUCUGUUGAAAUGGAAAGCUUAUCCAGAUCGUGUAAUGGAUAUUUUAGGAAGACUGAGGCAUGUCAGCGGUGAAGAAAUCGUUAAGUUCUUGCAGGACAUUCUGGACACAUUAUUUGUGAUUUUGGAUGACAACACAGAAAAAUAUGGAUUGUUAGUCUUUCAAUCUCUGGUGUUCAUCAUAAAUCUCCUUCGUGAUAGCAAAUAUUUUCAUUUUCGACCUGUGAUGGACACUUACAUUCAGAAACACUUUGCAGGAGCCCUGGCAUACAAAGAAUUGAUCCGUUGCUUGAAAUGGUACAUGGACCGAUCAGCUGAACUUGUACGGCAGGACCAUAUCCAGGAGGCAAUGAGGGCCUUGGAAUAUCUUUUCAAGUUUAUUGUUCAGUCUCGAAUCCUUUACUCCCGAGCUACUUGUGGGAUGGAAGAAGAACAGUUCAGAGCCAACAUCCAAGAGCUUUUCCAAUCAAUCAGAUUCGUACUCAGCCUAGACAGCAGGAGCUCGGAGACUCUGAUCUUCACUCAGGCCCCUCAGCCUGGAGGACAGGUGAGCGGAGCUGGGACAUGUGCCCCACAAAAGUGUGGUGGUACAUCACGGCCGUCGUUUAAUUCUGCUGCUUUGUUGAACUCCUUCCCUGCAAUUUUUGAUGAACUAUUGCAGAUGUUCACAGUACAAGAAGUGGCAGAAUUUGUUCGGGGGACUCUUGGGAGCAUGCCUAGUACUGUGCACAUUGGACAAUCUAUGGAUGUUGUCAAAUUGCAGUCUAUAGCACGUACUGUAGAUAGUCGUUUGUUUUCUUUCUCAGAAUCCCGACGCAUUUUGUUACCUGUGGUUCUUCAUCAUAUUCAUCUUCACCUGAGGCAGCAAAAAGAAUUGCUUAUAUGCUCUGGAAUUCUCAGCAGUAUUUUCUCCAUCAUCAAAACUAGCUCUGUGGAGACUGAUGUAAUUGAGGAGGUAGAAAUGAUGGUGGAGAGCCUCCUGGAUGUACUUUUACAGACUCUGCUAACUAUCAUGAGUAAAUCGCAAUCGCAGGAGGCGGUAAGAGGGCAGCGUUGUCCACAGUGCACAGCUGAAAUCACUGGAGAAUAUGUAUCCUGUCUUUUGUCUCUGCUUCGUCAGAUGUCAGAUACUCAUUUCCAACAUUUACUAGACAAUUUCCAGAGCAAGGAUGAGCUAAAGGAAUUUCUACUGAAGAUUUUCUGUGUGUUUAGGAAUCUGAUGAAGAUGACUGUCUUUCCUCGAGACUGGAUGGUGAUGAGAUUGCUUACCAGCAAUAUAAUAGUUACAACAGUUCAGUAUCUGUCUCCUGCACUUCAUAAGAAUUUCACAGAAACAGACUUUGAUUUUAAGGUCUGGAACUCCUAUUUCAGUUUGUCAGUUUUGUUUAUAAACCAGCCCAGCCUGCAAUUGGAAAGUAUUACUCCAGCCAAGCGUAAAAAAAUUCUGGACAAGUAUGGUGAUAUGCGUGUGAUGAUGGCAUAUGAACUCUUCAGCAUGUGGCAGAAUCUAGGUGAACACAAAAUACACUUUAUUCCUGGAAUGAUUGGCCCCUUUUUGGGUGUCACACUGGUUCCACAACCAGAGGUCCGCAACAUCAUGAUCCCCAUUUUUCAUGAUAUGAUGGACUGGGAGCAAAGAAAAAAUGGAAACUUCAAACAGGUGGAAGCAGAGUUAAUUGAUAAGCUGGACAGCUUGGUAUCAGAAGGAAAAGGAGAUGAAAAUUACCGCGAACUCUUCAAUCUGCUAACCCAACUCUUUGGGCCUUACCCAAGCCUGCUGGAAAAGAUUGAGCAAGAGACCUGGCGGGAGACCGGUGUUUCUUUUGUGACAUCAGUUACACGUCUGAUGGAGCGCCUCUUGGAUUACAGGGACUGUAUGAAAGGAGAUGAAACAGAGAACAAGAAAAUUGGUUGCACUGUUAACCUGAUGAAUUUCUAUAAAUCUGAAAUUAACAAGGAGGAAAUGUAUAUCCGCUACAUCCACAAGUUGUGUGAUAUGCACUUGCAGGCUGAAAACUACACAGAGGCUGCUUUUACAUUGCUCUUAUAUUGUGAGCUGCUGCAGUGGGAAGACAGACCUCUUCGGGAGUUCCUGCACUACCCAUCACAAACAGAGUGGCAGCGCAAAGAAAACCUUUGUCGGAAGAUUAUCCACUAUUUUAAUAAAGGGAAGAGCUGGGAAUUUGGGAUCCCAUUGUGCAGAGAACUGGCUCUUCAGUAUGAAAGCUUAUACGAUUAUCAAAGUCUCAGUUGGAUUCGGAAAAUGGAAGCUACCUAUUAUGAUAACAUAAUGGAACAGCAAAGGUUGGAACCUGAAUUUUUCAGAGUUGGUUUUUAUGGAAGGAAAUUUCCCUUUUUUCUUCGGAAUAAAGAGUAUGUUUGUCGAGGUCAUGACUAUGAGAGACUGGAGACUUUUCAACAAAGAAUGCUUAGUGAAUUUCCACAGGCCAUAGCAAUGCAACAUCCAAAUCACCCAGAUGACAGCAUCUUGCAGUGUGAUGCCCAGUACUUGCAGAUCUAUGCAGUGACUCCCAUUCCAGAUAACAUUGAUGUACUGCAGAUGGACCGUGUUCCUGAUCGCAUAAAGAGUUUUUAUCGAGUUAACAACAUCAGGAAGUUCCGUUAUGACAGGCCUUUCCAUAAAGGUCCAAAAGACAAGGAAAAUGAAUUCAAGAGCCUGUGGAUUGAGCGCACCACUUUGACCCUAACUCACAGUUUACCUGGGAUCUCUCGGUGGUUUGAAGUAGAGAGAAGAGAACUGGUUGAAGUAAGUCCUUUGGAAAAUGCCAUUCAGGUUGUGGAGAACAAGAACCAGGAACUAAGGACACUGAUAAGCCAGUACCAACACAAACAAAUGCAUGGAAAUAUCAAUCUACUGAGUAUGUGCCUGAAUGGAGUCAUCGAUGCAGCUGUGAAUGGUGGUAUUGCACGCUAUCAGGAGGCCUUUUUUGACAGAGAAUAUAUCACCACUCACCCUGGAGAUGCAGAAAAAAUCACACAGCUGAAAGAGCUGAUGCAUGAGCAGGUACAUAUCCUAGGAGUUGGUCUGGCAGUGCAUGAGAAGUUUGUCCAUCCAGAGAUGCGGCCCCUGCAUAAGAAGUUGAUUGACCAAUUCCAGAUGAUGCGAUCCAGUUUAUACCAUGAAUUGCCUGCUUUGGAUAAACUGAGUCCAGCAUGCUCUGGUCCCAGCACACCACGCAGCAGUAUGCUGGUAUCACACAGCCCAAUGAGCCCAGAGAGCAUCAAAUUGGUGCAUCGACACAGCCCAUUGAAUAUGCUGGGGACAGUAAGACAUUCGUCAUCUUCUCUUUCUUCUCAUACAUCAAGUGAAACAGGAAACCUUGUUAUACUAACAGACAGUUCUGUUGGAGAAACAGGAGAAGACAUGUACCAUAUGCAGGCGAGUCCUUCCACCUCAAGCCUCAGCUCUACCCAUUCUGCACCAUCCCAGAUGAUCAAUUCUGCGCCUCCGAGUGCACGAGUGCUGAUGAAAGGUGCUGGAUUGACAACACUGGAGGCUGAAGCCCUCUAUUUACCCACAGAGCAGAUACAUCAUGGGCGGCAGCAGUGCAAGCUUCCCCACACUGCCCCCACCAAUGUGCCUCAUCUCUGUCCUGGAGGGACCACCUCUAGAGGCUCUCCCUCUCUACCAGAUAAAUAUCGUCAUAAUCGAGAGCUGAUGAUGCUGCUGCCAGCACACAGAGAUCGACCUAGUAGUGCCAUGUAUCCUACAGCUAUCAUGGAAAAUGGACAGCACCCAAAUUUCCAGAGAGCAUUGCUCCAGCAGGUGAUCGGACCAUGCAAACCCUGUAGUGAUCCCAAUCUGUCUGUAGCUGAAAAAGCUGUUCCAGCAGCACCAAGCAGCUGGAGUCUGGACAGCGGAACCAGAGAGGCCUUGCCAUUCCUGUCUACUCAUGUUGGGAGCAUCCUGGCUCCACCAGUGCCUCCCCGAAGCCUACCCCAUGGUCACUAUUCCCUACAUUUUGAUGCCUUCCACCAUCACCUGAAUGAUGGGCCCCCAGCACUGCCUGCACGAACGCUGCGGAAGUCACCUCUUCACCCAAUACCCGCAUCGCCCACAAGUCCCCAGUCUGGCCUAGAUGGAAGCAACUCUACCCUUUCAGGCAGCGCCAGCAGUGGAGUCUCCUCAUUAAGUGAGAGCAACUUUGGACAUUCAUCCGAACCCCCUCCUCGAACGGACACCAUGGAUUCUGUCCCUAGCCAGGCCUGGAAUACUGAUGAAGACUUAGAGACCCCCUACCUCCCCGUCAGGUACAGUCUCUCAGAGCCUGAUGUUCUGGAAACUCUCAAAUCCCAGCCAUGCCGAAGCCACUCUGCUCCAUCCGGAGUCAUUCCUCAGGAUGCAAUAGACCCUCCAGCUCUACCCCCAAAACCAUAUCACUCCCGUCUCCCAAACAUGGAUAAUGAAGUAAUGAUUUUGGAAGAGGAAGACAAACAUCGAGCCCUGCAUCGCAAAAUCUCCCAGCCAAUUGGUGGUGCAAAAGAGGAGCAGGCCAGGGUGGCCUGGGAACACGGCAUCAGCGAGCAGUAGGCAAUACUAUGGGAAGAACAGUUUGCAUGAUCAUUCCAGGCCUAAGAAACAGAAGGGAUUUAUAGUAUGAGACUUCAGAGAAGUGAAGGGGAGGGGGGAAUGAACUGGUUUAUUCUCUGCUGCUGUGAGAAUGACUGGGGCCAGCAUGUAUGGUUGCUGCUUUCCUCUUUAUUUAAUUUUGUACUUUUCAGACCUUUGGUAGUUUGGGGGGGUGGGGAGUUUGCCCUUUUUUUUGCAGUGGGUGCUUCAUUCCUUCUACAGUUGUGAAACGGUAGGAAGGAAUAUAUGACAUUUGCUAUAGGUAUUUGCAGAAACGGAAUAUUAGACUUUGGAGGGGGAAUGUGGCAUUUUUUACAAGCUUUCUUCCCACUAUUGAGAUGCGCACAAGUUGAAGCAGUUGCACUAAGAAUGUGUUUUUUUGCUGUAGUAAGUGAAUGCUCAUUUCUUAUUCAGGGAAUCCAUGAAGUGUCAAGCCAGAAGGUACACAGUUUAGAGGCAUUGACAUUUGCUAUAGAAAAAACUGGAUAUUCCAGACUUGAGGUAAAAACUUUGCAGAGGGGUUCUCUGCAUUGCCUCAGGUGUGUUGAAGCAAUUUAACCAGUGCUUACUGGCUGUCAUUUCGGUGUUAAGGUUUCAUUUCAUACAAACUCGUCAUGGUUUGUCACAAGCUUCGAUUUCCUGCUUUCCCCAUUGUCACUGUUGUCUGUAUUUACCAAUGCCUACAGUAUGAGGGAAAUACCUAAUCCUGAGACCUGUGGCCUUUCUCUGGCAAAAUCUAUACUGGUUAGUGGGACUAGCAUUUUUAUUCUGGAAGUAAGCUAGUAAUUGCUUAUUGUCAUAGCAACUAGGUAUGUGAGCUAAAAUAAAAGACAGUUUGAGCACAUAUUUGACCCUUGUGACUAGGCUGGAUAUCGGCAUUGUCCAAACUUAUGUCUUCUCUUGUGCCGCCUCACCCCCAAACCUCUCACUGCUAUUGGAUCACAAGACCUCCAUUCGAUCCAGUGUAACAAAGUAACAGUAGGUUUGUAACACUAUAGAGACAGGAGUUUUAAAGGUUGCCCAGAGAAUACAAAACAAAAAUCUAUUUAAUUUUUUAUGUUUAACAAGAUGACCUAAAGUAAUUACCUACUCCUGGGGAUUGUGAAAUUGAACAUAGACACUGUAUGUAUGUCUGUUCAAGAACAAGAGCAGCCAAUUUCCUUUCCAUGCCAACAGUGUACGUUUUAACUAAAGGAACUGUGGAACAUGCUGCCAUAAGCUACAUAUAUAACAAAAAUUGAAAUAAGGUUGCAGAAAACAUAUAAAGAAAUAAUGAUACAUGCUAGCUAAUGUGGUGAAAAUUAACAAAUUACAUUUAACUACACAUUCAGAGUUAAAGAACAUUAUAGUUUCUUUAUAACUAUCUUAUCCCACUACCUUUAAAAAGGUAAGGCUGUCUUUAAGAUCCAAUUUUGUUGUCUUUCUGCCCAAGAAAUAGAAGAAGAAGAAACCUAUUUGCUUAAAGCUUGCUUUAGUUUACUUUUGUUUCUUUUUUCAUAAUGAUACCCAAAAGCACAUUAUGAAACAUGUUACUCUAAAAAUGAAUCAGAGCACAGAAUACAUUAAGGAUUAGCCCAGUGUCGAAAUUUAGCAAUGGCUAAGAAAUCCAGCUGUGUCCAUUUGCCAAGAGAAUAGACAAAACAGAAUGAGUUCUCCCUGCAACUUCCCACGUAUUGUCCAAAUCACUGAAGAUUUUAGCUUCAGCAGAGCUAUAAGAGGAGCAGGCCUAUUGCAUUAACAGAUGUUUGCAUGCACUAGAAAUAAAGAAUCUUGAACUAUUUACUUCAUUAAAUCACAACAUUCAUGAUAAACAAACAAAUCGCUUUCCCUAAACAAAUGAAGGUGGUAGUGCACCCCUGUAUGACUUAUGUUGACUGGGUUGAUUUUCUAUAAUGAUUUGUCUAAGCUCUCUCCAAUGCAAAUAUGUAAAACUUUUGCUCUUAUAUUUUAACUAACCAGCAUGCUGGGGGGGGGGGGGGAGUGUUUUCCUUUUUCAGCCGGUACUAAUUAAAAAGGUCCUUCCCUCCUACUUUUGUCUCACAAGGAGCAUUUAUCCUACUAGGAGUGGUGGCUUUCUGUGGCCACCAGAAAUAUCCCCUGGCAAGCACAAUUUAAAUAUAGAAGAUAAACAUCCAUGUUAAUAUUAGAAUUUUAAGCAGGAUAAAUUUAAUCUACCAGGAGGAUUUUCUCCACUGUUCACAAUACAUUUUAUCCACCAGGUGGAUUCUGAAAUAGCCCCCUCUUUUAAGAGUAUGGUGAGACUGGCAGUGCAAUCCUGAUCAUGCUUACUUAGAACUGGGACUCACCUGAGUUGUCUGGGACUUGCUUCCUAAGUCAGUGCACUCAGGAAUGGUUGCAGCCUGAAUACAGAGAGGAAAAGGUUCUGCUGACAGUAUGCCCCCCUCCCAGCAAGUUGACAGAUAUAAACAUAUACCAGCUGCUUUCAUCCUUUUCUCAUCAUCACCAAGUUUUAUGGAGAGGGGCAAGUUUAGCUUUGUGUUCAUAAGGAUCUAUGUGGGGAACCAUCGUUUUCACAUUUCUACACAAUGUUAUGUAUGUGUCUGUAUUAAGUGGCUUUUAAAAGGGGGGUGUGCUGUUUUGUGUUUAUGUGUACGAUGCAAUUUCCAGUGUAUUUCAAUUGGUAAGUGUGAAAUUCAGCGUCAUAUACAGUAAAUCAGGGCCACAAAGUGUAAUGCAGAGGUCAGUCCAGUUGCCAAACUGGAUUUCCUAUGCUGUAUUAUUCAAAUUGCUUAGUAGAUUUCUCAAACCAUGUUGCGUGGGGUUUGUGCUGACAUGGCUUAGAAAGCCAGAAUUCCUAUAAAAAGCAUAGUAAUAAAUUCUUUGGAGACAGAGAGGAAAAUGGAAAAUAUUUUUUUAAUAUUUUUGGAGAGUAAAAUAGCACACACAAUCAUGGUGCCUUGGAAAAGGUAUAAACUGCUCCAAACUAUGUUCUUCUUGCCCCUUUUCUAGAGGGAGGGGGAGUUGCAGAGACAUCUGUGGUGGAAAAACAGGAGGAAUUUGUUCCAUCGUGCAGUAGCAGUAGGUAAUAUAUUUGCAUUUUGUUACAAUAACAAAGUACAAGAAUUCCUUCCCCCACAAGUAUUCCCACUCUCAUUUUCCCCCCUCUUAUUUAAUCCUAAAAGAGGGGACUAAAUCUUAUCCUACAUGAGGAAAAAUAACAGCAGGAAAUUUGGGGAGGGGACAUCAUGUUGAUUACUGCCCACUUUUUUAUUUCUGUGUAAAUAUCCCACUUGAAUGCUAUGUAUUUAUACAGGAAAUCUGAGCAAAAAAUGUAUAGAUUGUGAUGUCUGACUGGUACUCUGCCCUGUAAAUGUGUUUUUAAUCUAUCGCAAUCUGUUAUUUAAAAAAGCAAAUCCCUCUAACCAGUUCUCUUUUCGUGUAUUCAUGUUCAGAAAACCUGUAUUAACUGUAAGAAAAAACAAACAAAGGAAAACAAACAAAAAUAUUUGUACCAGAGUCAAGAUAUUUCAUUGUAUAUAUUGUGAUAGCAUGUUUCUGGAAUCAACAAAUAAGUGAUGUGAAUUUUAGGUGUAAAUAUGUUUUGUUUAGGGAUUUUUCUUCCCUUCCCAAUUCACUCAACCGCUGUGAUGUGGAAUUAAAGAUUAAUACUGAUCCUAAAAAGCAUUGAGCAGAUGUGCUCUCUGAGUAUCACAGAGAUAUUUAUUCAGAUGGCCAGUUCAUCUUCCCAGUUUCUCUUAAGUCCUAGGUAAAUUAGAGGAUGCACUUUAUAUUUUAUUGAUCUCCUUUUACAUUUAAUAUUCAAGUUAUGUCAAAGGAAAUUACCUAGAAGUCUGGGAGUGGGAAACUUCUGAAGAAAUGGGAAAAGGAGGGAAAUUGCUACAAUAUAUUUCAUGAGGAAAUUAAUCUGAACAUUGACUCUUAAACAGCCCUGUUUUACUCAGCAGUGUUAACCCGUUUUAAACAUUCCGCAUGAUUUUGGGGUAUCAUUUUAUUUUAUUAAAAA